AUGGCGGUUCAAGAAUGCAGUAUUCGUAUCAAACGUCUGGAAUUUCUCGUUUCUAUUCUUAAAUGUAUGUUAUCGCUUUAUGAUCCAUUGUACCCCUCUUUUGAUAUUGGCUACACUGACGAUUUUUGUCUCCAUCAAGAUUCCAUCUUUCUAUACUCUGUAUCCCCUAUUUAUCGAAGUACAAAAGCCAUCGAUAAUGCUGAAGUAUUUGAGAGUCUUAAACAGAAGAAGGUGACGAAAGAAAAGGGAAUUCAAUUAUUUAACAAGAAUCCAUCAAAAGGUAUAAAAUUUCUUCAAUCUGAAGGUCUCCUUGGUGAGACAGCAAUGGAAGUUGCUCAGUUCUUACACACUGAUGAUACACUAGACAAGACUAUGAUUGGUGAGCUGAUUGGUGAUCCAGGACAAUAUGAACGGGAGAUAAUGUACGCCUAA